AUGACCAGAAAGGUUGUUGUUGCUAUUGAUCCUUCUUCAGACGAGUCUCUUUACACAAUUGAAUGGAUAAUCGAAAAUUUCUUGAAACCGGAAAAAGACGAUGUGCAUCUUAUCUCUGCUAUUUCUCUAAACUCUGACUUUGACGCCGAUGAAUUAGGUUUAUAUACAAUGUCGGUAACCGAGGAAAUUAUGCAAAUUGAGAAAGAGAUCAUAGAAAAGACACGAGAAUCUAUGAACGAGUUCCUUGAGAGAUUGCAGGCUGCAAACAUUAAUGCACGUGUAGAAGUAUUGAAAUCGUUGUCCGACUCGCGUAAUAUUGUUGUGGAGUAUACUGAAAAUGAAAGGGCCGAUGUCUUGAUCAUGGGUUCUCGUGAUUUGAGCACGUGGAAAAGACUUUUCCUUGGCAGCUUCUCGGACUUCUGUCAACAGAAUUCCCAUUGUCCUGUUCUCAUUGUGAAAAAACGACAGAAAUAA